UCUGCAGUGUUGCACUGGGUCUGCAGUGCUCUGGUGCUUGUUAGGACUCACAGCAUCAUGGUGUCUCCGGUGGUUUUACUCCUAACCCUCUGUGUGUUGGCUGCACAUGGACAGGAUGACACGGAGGAUUACUAUUACGAUUAUGAAGUCCCCACUGAAACAACAGAUGUGGGCUUCUUAGAUACCUUAGAUGACUGGCUGUAUGAACUGUUGGACCUCAAAGACGAGUGCGAUCCCAAUCCGUGUCUCAAUGGGGGUCGUUGUGACACUGGCGGAGGUGGCUUUGUAUGCUCCUGCCCUGAACCCUACACAGGCAAGAAGUGUUCAAAAGUAAAAAACGUUUGCAAGAAUGCCAAGUGUGGCCGUGGAGACUGUCUUGUGACCAAAACUGCACCUUUCUACGAGUGCAAGUGUACCGCUCCCUACAAGCCACCUGCCUGCAAGAGACCAUCUCCCUGUAAACCCAGCCCCUGUCUCAAUGGAGGCUCCUGUGUAAAAGGCCGCACCAGGGCCUCCUUCAGCUGCAACUGUCCAGAUAACUACAGCGGGAAGUUCUGCCAAGUUGAUCCCAACGACUGUUACCAGGAAGAUGGGCAGAACUACCGGGGGACUGUGAGUGAGACAGAGGGAGGACUCGACUGUCUCAACUGGAACUCCUUUUUCAUCUUGGAGAAAGGAGGGGACCCUUUUACGGACUACCAGGACUUUGAUGGUAUCGGCCCACACAACUACUGCAGAAACCCUGAUGGAGAUUCCAGACCCUGGUGUUUUGUCAACAAAAAAGGCAAACUCAGGUGGGACCACUGCGAUGUGAGGAGUUGCUCUGGCUCAGUUCAAACAACCCCCAUAACCAUCUAUGGGACAACUGUUCCAGCCACAGGAAGCUCUACUCCUGUAGCAGAGUUCUCCCAGUGUGGGAAGCCCCAGCCCGGCCCUGCGGCCAGGAUCUUUGGGGGGAUGAAGUCUCAACCUGGGGCCCAUCCUUGGCAGGUGUCCCUGCAGACAAGACCCGGUCAAGAUUCGGCCUUUAGCCACACAUGUGGAGGCAUCCUUAUUGAAUCCUGCUGGGUGCUCACAGCUGCCCACUGCAUCAAUGGUGGUAGUGCCAUGAGGGUGGUCUUAGGUGGAGUGGACAUAGAGAAGGAUGAGGCGUUUGACCAGACCAUUGAUGUGGAGAAAGCCAUCAUCCACGAGAAAUACCGAGAGGAAACGUUUGCUCUAUAUAACGACAUCGCUCUUCUCAAGCUGAAGGGGAUGAACGGUCGCUGUGCCAAAGAGACUCGCUUUGUGAAGACGGCCUGUCUGCCCAACCACAAGUUUCCUGCUGGGACAGAGUGUGUCAUUUCAGGAUGGGGAGUCACAGAGACAAAGAGGUAUGGCAGUAAUCAGCUGCUGAACGCACGUGUGGUCCUGAUCUCCCAGGAUCGCUGCAAGAACCCUACUGUCUAUGGAAAUGUGUUAGACAACAGCAUGUUCUGUGCUGGCAACCUAAAGGGAGGAGUGGACUCAUGUCAGGGUGACUCUGGCGGCCCCCUGGUGUGUGAACAGAACGGGACCCAUUAUGUCACCGGAGUGGUGAGCUGGGGAGACGGCUGUGGGAAGAAGAACAAGCCAGGCGUGUACGCCGAUGUCACGCAGUUUGUCGACUGGAUCGCUGCCAAGAUAAUAGCAUAGGAGGGCCCAGCAUGAGAAACAUUGAACCUUUUUUCGGUUUGUUCUUCUGAAAGUUAGGAUACCAAUACAUUGAAGUGACUCUCGAGUCGUUUAUUUUCAGAUGUCAAAAACAAGCUUUUAACCCGAGUCCAGCUUUGAGUUCUUACCAUAGAGGCACCAGUACAUUCUCACAAAGCUGAACCUGCCAGACAAAUACACAGAUCUAAUAUCACCUUAAUAUAGUUCUCAACAAGUAUUCUCAUAUGAGCGCCCAAAUAUAGCAACAGACUAAAAUUAACUAACGGUAGUCAGUCUUACAGCUAUACCUUAUGAGUUACUUAUUGGUUCAACAAUGAAUCAAUCGUUGUCCAGACCUUGUUCAUGAUGCUUGAAACUGAAACCUGUCUGUUCAUGAAAUAUAUAUAUAUAUAAAAUAAAUGAAUGAUUAAAUACA